GCAAGAUAUAUCUCAUUUCUAAUUGAAUAAAACACUAUUGUUGAUGAUAAAACAAGAUAAAGAUGUAUUGGAUAACUAAUACUAAUCAGAAGUGGUAUUAACAAUAAAUGAUAUACUCUCUCUAAUGUACCAAUAAUUAAGCUGUAAAGUAUUCUUAUAGAGAUGAAAUGAUCCUGACUUUAAACAACUUCACUUUGCAUAAUAUAAAGAUGCUUUAAUUGAAGACAUUAUAUUAGAAUCAUGGAAUUCUUGAAAUGAAAAUUUUCAAUAUAAACAACAGCUGUUUAAAGACUUAACAAACAAAUACAACUAUAAUAAAGGAAUCUUCUGCUUAGUAGCAACCAAAUAUAGGUCUUUACCUAUUCAAAAUACUAAAUUACAAAUUUCGAUAGUCUUUCAAAAUAAGUCAUGAACACUGCUGAGUUUUG